AUGGCUGCCUUUCCGUGCUGGGCCCGGCGAUUUGGAUUCCACGCUGCCUCAUUCGUGGGAGGCGCGGCUUCAGCCGCGGCGGUGGCUCAAGGCCGCCCGCCGCGGUCCUCGUGCCGCUGCGAUGAGCCGAAGAUGGUCACGAGGAUCUCCUACACUUCGACCAUGCGAGGGGAUCCCCAAGCGGCUCUGGCGGCGAUCCGCGGCAUCGUCGACCAGUCCACGGCUGCAAACCUCACAGCGAACGUCUCCGGGCAUAUGUGCUAUGACACCAAGCUGAAGUCUGUGUGGCAGGUGUUGGAAGGUGCACCAGAAGUGGUGAGUCGCCUGUGGGAGGGCAUCUGCAAGGACGAGCGGCACGUGGUGGAUGAAGACACCGUGCACAUCCAACAGGCAGACCACCGUGCCUAUCCUGUGGGUUGGGGCAUGCGCUGCACUCGUUUUGAACCAGGCAUGGCGUCGAAUUCUGAUGGUGAUUGUGCCGGCACGAACCUCAUGCAGUUGAUGUACAAGUCCGUGAUACAUGAGGAGGCUCUGGGUUCUGUCAAGCAGAUUGUCCCGAGGGCCGUUGAAAAGAACCGCAAGAACGGAAUCACCGGCUGGAUGCUGUACAAUGAUAGGACGCAGGUGGUAUAUCAAGUUUUGGAAGGCCCUCCAGAGCAAGUGGAGAGGCUCUGGACUCAGAUCCACAAGGAUGGGCGCCACUCCGUGCUCACCGACACCAUCAGGCGGCGAUGCAUCAAGGAGCGGGAGUUCGAGAAUUGGUCGAUGGGCUUCGAUGAGGUGGAGCAAACCGCGUGGAUGGCUUCAUGUUCGUUGGAGGUCUUGGGCACCAAAGGCCCAAGCCUACUGAGCACCCUCCGCCUGAAAACCAUCGCGCGGGCCGCGCGUCGUCGGCACCGCCUUUUUUUCAAACGCACGCGCCACGGCGGCCCCAUGCUGAGCAGUGGGGACCGCCGAUGCUGCGAGCAUCGGUGGACACCGACGACGGACUUCUUAGCCCGGUGGGCGGUAGCUUCGUAG